UAUCAUUCAAGCUGAAAACUUUGCAAUAAAAAGUCUUGAAAAUUUUCCCGCAGUUAUUUAAAAUAUAAUUUGUUUAACAUUAAACUAAAUUAAAAUUUAAAUAUUUUAUUGUAAUAUGUGGUUGAUAAAAAUUAAACAAGAAUAUAAAACUUCAUAGUUCGUUGGAGUUAAAGGAUUCCGGUAAGGAAUCUCAAAGCAUUAGAAAACUAUAUAAGUAGGAGCAAAAGCUAAAAAUUUGCACCUGGAUAAGAAAAUAUCUAGAUGCUCUUUGAGCGAGGUGAAUCAAUUUUUGGAGUGUUAAUUCAUUGCACCAUGAAGAGGCAAAACGUUCGAACGCUAUCGCUAGUUGUAUGCACAUUUACAUAUUUGCUCAUUGGAGCAGCAGUAUUCGACUCAUUGGAAUCACAAACAGAAUCAAGGAGAUGGGAGUUUUUGCAAACACUAAAAAACAACUUUGUCAAAAAGUACAAUGUCUCAGCCGAAGACUACAGAAUGAUGGAAAUAGUUAUAAUUGAGAAUAAACCGCAUAAAGCUGGACCUCAAUGGAAAUUUGCUGGAGCCUUUUACUUUGCAACCGUAGUUCUAGCUAUGAUUGGAUAUGGCCAUUCAACUCCAGUUACAAUUGGUGGUAAAGCUUUUUGUAUGGCAUAUGCUAUGGUUGGUAUUCCUCUUGGAUUGGUUAUGUUCCAAAGUAUUGGUGAACGUUUGAAUAAAUUUGCAUCGGUUAUAAUUCGUCGUGCGAAACGUUAUAUGCACUGUAAUCAUACUGAGGCAACAGAAAUGAAUCUUAUGUUAGCUACAGGCAUGCUUUCGUCAAUUAUCAUCACAACUGGAGCUGCUGUAUUCUCACGCUAUGAGGGUUGGAGCUAUUUUGACAGCUUUUAUUAUUGUUUCGUCACAUUGACUACAAUUGGUUUUGGUGAUUAUGUUGCCCUGCAAAAUGAUCAGGCUCUAAUGAAUAAGCCCGGUUAUGUGGCGUUAAGCUUAGUUUUUAUACUCUUUGGCUUGGCCGUAGUAGCAGCUAGUAUAAAUUUGUUGGUCUUGAGAUUUAUGACAAUGCAAGCUGAAGAAGCCAAACGAGACGAGGAAGAUGCUCAUCAAAAACUCGGAUCUUCCAAUCAGCCCUUGAACUAUGAUCAAGAAUCUUCUUACAAUAUGAAAGGAAAAUUACUUGGCAACUCGAAUUGCUGCACCGAUUUUGAUGACAAUACUUCUGUGUGUUCAUGCACUUGCUUGGGUGGAACACGUUGCUUGAAUCAUGAAUCAUUUGUCGAUGCUGAUUACCAUCCAACUGAUAUUAUUGCAAGUACGUUAAGUUUAAAGAGAGCAUCUGUUUGAUAUAACAUGUUAUAAAGCAAUGUCACGAACUAUACAAAAUGAAACAAAGACAAGACAAGACGGGAUUUAGAAUGGAGUUUGAAAUGCAUUACAAAAGCCUAUAAUUUCCAAAUUUACAACAAAAUAUAGUUUUAAGGCACAGUUGAGUAUUUUAUAAAAAAGCAUCUCUAAAAAUUUGUCGAAAGAAGAGUAUAAAAACAUGCACACAUAUACUUAACUGCCUAAGCUGAAAGUUUAAACAUAAUCGUUAUAGGAAACUAUAUUGUUUUCCUGAUAAAUUGCCAAAAACCAUAAAUAGCUUAAAAAUAAUAUCUUACACUGUCAAAGUAAUUAUUAUGCUAUAGGCGCAUAUUACUUUUAAAAUGUAAACAGCACAAAUUCACAUAUUUAGAACUUCUUCCCCCACCGAAAUAGAAUUUCAACCCACUAAAUAUAAAAGAAGAUAAAAAUAUUAAAUAAAACUCUUGUAACUAGAUUUAAACUCUUAUUGUGCCAAAUAUAGAGAACCUUCUGGCGCUUUAAUGCUAGAAGAGUAUUAGAGUUUCAUGUAAAAGUGACUUUCACUUGAUUAAAUUAAAUAAUUAUUAUGUAUUAAAAUUAAAAGUCUAAUAAA